UUUCCCACUCAAUCCAUUCCCCAUCACUCCCCCGUUGACUUCCCCAUGCCUCGCUACUCCUUCCUCGCUCUCCUUCUCCUCGCCGCCGUGGCAGCCGCCGAGGCCCCCGACGCCGACGAAAUUCUGAUCCGUCAGGUGGUGCCGGACGCCGAGGCCGAGGAGGAUCACGUGCUGAACGCGGAGCAUCGCUUCUCCACCUUCAAGGCCAAGUUCGGGAAGAGCUACGCGACGAAGGAGGAGCACGACCAUCGCUUCGGCGUCUUCAAGUCGAACCUUCGCAGAGCGAGGCUUCACGCGAAACUCGACCCCUCCGCCGUCCACGGCGUCACGAAAUUCUCCGAUCUUACUCCGGCGGAGUUCCGGCGGCAGUUCCUCGGCCUCAAGCCUCUCCGCUUCCCGCCGCAUGCUCAGAAGGCGCCUAUCCUCCCUACCAAGGAUCUCCCCAAGGAUUUCGAUUGGCGUGACAAAGGUGCCGUCACCAAAGUCAAGGACCAGGGUUCGUGUGGUUCGUGUUGGUCUUUCAGUACUACGGGAGCGUUGGAAGGUGCUCAUUAUCUUGCCACUGGCGAGCUCGUUAGUCUUAGCGAGCAACAGCUUAUGGACUGUGAUCACGUGUGUGAUCCAGAACAAUAUGGAGAGUGUGACGCAGGCUGCGGUGGUGGGUUGAUGAACAACGCAUUUGAGUACAUACUUGAGUCUGGUGGAAUACAGCGAGAAGAAGACUAUCCAUACACCGCAAGAGAUGGCACCUGCAGAUUUGACAAAAGCAAAAUUGCGGCUACUGUAUCUAAUUACAGUGUGGUUUCCCUUGAUGAAGAUCAAAUUGCUGCAAACCUAGUGAAGAAUGGCCCUCUUGCAGUUGGUAUCAAUGCACUUUAUAUGCAGACAUAUAUAGGUGGCGUUUCAUGCCCAUACGUCUGCGGGAAGCAUUUGGAUCAUGGGGUUCUUCUAGUGGGUUAUGGCGAAGGUGCAUAUGCUCCCAUUCGUUUCAAGAAAAAGCCUUACUGGAUCAUUAAGAAUUCAUGGGGUGAGAACUGGGGAGUGAAAGGAUAUUACAAGAUCUGCAGAGGCCAAAAUGUAUGUGGAGUGGAUUCCAUGGUCUCAACUGUAGCAGCUAUACAUUCAUAAAGCCGUUAAACACAAAGGAUAUGCCUCAUUGUGCUUAUGUGAUGUAAUAUUGGGCCAGAGGAGUUUGUAUAUAAAUAUUUAUUUUGCGCACUGUAUGAGAUACUGUGAUGUGUUACUGGAAAAAUUAUUUCCAUGUAGCGGAAACUGCUACGAUCAUGUUACAUAGAAUGUAAUUCUAUAUGCUUGCUAGUUAAAUGUCGUUGUCCAUUGUUAGGGCAACAUGGCAGAGUAAAUGGAUUAAAGAUACUUCAGUAUAAAAUUUCAUUAAUGUAUUUAUUUGAAAAAAUACUCGUCUUU